AAUUGGAGGCAAUUAAACUGUACUGAAAUGCAAUCAAAGCCGGCAUUAGUAAUUAGCUUUGCCGGAUACAAUACCCUUGGUAUCAUACGGGAUUCUUGCGUACCAAGUUAGAGAAGGAAACAGAAACUGAACUAUAGGAUAAGUGCAAACCAGUACAGUAAUACUACAGGCAAGACUUGUAAAAUGGCCAGGCAUUUACUAAAUGAAACAAAGACGACUACUUCUGCUAUACCCGUGCAAAUUCCUUUUACCAUGAAAAAUGAAUGCUGUUCUACUCACCAAUCAGCAAAACUGUGUUUGUGCCAAAAUGAAGCGUGAGCAGGAAUGCAACAGCGUGUUACGGUGACACGGAGCCAGCUGUGAGGCAGUGAGCCACUUCAAGUGAAAUACAGUGUUAGAAAAGCAGAAAUCCUGCUAUAAAAGUCUGAACUUCACAAACCUGCAGGCACAGUGAAAGCUCCAUUUCAUCUCUGCAGCGGUAUUUUUGAGACCCAUCAGGUAAGACUUUGGGAGCAGUGAGACACAGUUACCAAUCUCUCCCAACAUCAUCCUCACAAGUGCUGCUACGUUAACAUUGCACAGGAUGGAACGGAGCUACUGCGCUUUGUCUGUUGGAGCGGUGCUAAAAGCAAUUCAUCUGAAAGGGGAAUUCAUUAAUCAUUUUUAUCCACACGCUGCCAGAAUAGAAAAGAAAGGCAAAAUUCUCACCUCGGGAGAAUGUGAAAGUGCCACGGCUUUGCAGAGCUGUCAUCUGCCCGUACACAGAGUGAUGCUUAAAUCUUCUUUUCUGAAACAGCGGGCGCUUGUGGGAAGGGGAGCGGGGCUUUCGCUUUAGGCUCCUUCCCAGGGGAGACAGACAUACCCCAAAAAGCUGAAGGGAUGAGAGGCAGACUGCAGCAAGGGGAGAAAAGGCAAAGCAAGACAGGAAGGAAGGUGAAACGAAACAAAAUCAUCACACAAAAAGCAGAGAAAGAAGAAAGAAACUCAAUGGGACAAAAAGAGGCUCUGGAGGAAAAUCCAGCACAGGCAAUCAGGGCUGUGUCCUCGGAAGAAAAAAGGGAAGCGGACAACGUUGUGUGAGGCUUUCUUCUCAUUUAUAUCCACAUUUCACUUCUCAGCUCACAUCGUGGCUUUUCUUGGAACUGUAUACAUCUCCUGGUUGGCACUUUCUUCAGACGCUGGUGCCAUGGUCUCCUGGAACCCUCCCACGCAUAUAGAACAAGAUCUGAUUUGGAAUUUGUCUUUGAGAUAUUUAGGGGAGAGAGGCACGAGAGGGGCUUCCUUUUCCAAACUCAAAUGAAAGAAAGAAAGAAAGUUAAUAAAAAGCAGGAGCGCUGCAAGUGUCUCUCAGUCACCUUUUUGCUGCUUCUGGGCAUCCCUUGUCUCUCUGAGGGGUGGCAGCAUUCCUGAGAACAGGUUUGGAGGAAGGGUGCCCUCCCACACCUGGCCCAAGUCAGCUCUGCUCGAGUUGGGGCUGUCGGCACUGCUGGAGCAGGGACCAGAACGAGGAAGAGUUGCACUAAGGAACCGCGAUUCUUAGCGCACCGCCGUGCCCACUGGCCGCCCAGCACACCACCCCUCGUCCUGUUACAAUUCCACGCUCUCAGCAGCGGGCUCACUCGCACACACACCGCACCAGCCCUUACAGAAACUUCCCCGUGCUGUUCCAUUUGCAUUCAGGGGAGCGUGGGCAGCUGCACCUGUGCAGUAAAGCAGUGCUCACCGCUGACAUCUUCCACCAGAGCCACCUCCUGCCCCCACCACUGCUUGGAAAGUUUACUGGGGAAAUUCGAAGCCCAGUCAGACCCUUUCCAUUUGGAGACUGCUCUUGUUGCAAUGCAGCAUUGUUAAACAUUUGGAAGUUUUUUUUUCUUCCCCCCUAGAAAAAAUGAACUUUUCUCUUUUAUGGAGAUCAAACAUCUUUCUGCUCUUUUCUUGUGUAAAAUAACACAGCCGAACAAGGAAACUUGAUGUUUUAAAGAUCUCCAUCACAUUCUGCUUUCUUAAAGAAUCUUUUUUGAGCUAAAGAUCAAUUCCUUUUGAUCAAAACCAAGGAAGAAUGUUACCAGAAAUAUUCUCCCACCGUCUCUUGCUUAAAGUAACAAAAGCAUCGCGUUCACCUGCUGCUGGCGUGCAACCUCGGGCAAUUCUCUGCUUUGAGUCAUCCAUGGGGGAUGCUGGACACACAGCCAGUCUCAGGAGGCAAAACACUGCAGUGUUUGUCUCCAAACACUGGAGACACUUGUGUCUGCUACUGGUGGAGAGAGGGCUCCUCUGGGCAGGGCUGGGCAGGAGAGGUCGUGGGGAGCAGUUGCAGAUGGAGGUGACUCCAAAGGGUGGAAGAUGCUGGAUAAGGCCACCCUGUUCCUGUUCCUGCAUUUAGUGGCAAGCUCCAUCUCCUCUCCUCUCUACCCAGCUCUCAGGUACAGCCCAGGACCUGUUACUGGCAAGGCUGUGAACUUCCAGCUCCUGGACCACAGCUUGCUGCAGAGCCAUAGCCCCUCAGCAGAGGAACAGGAUGAGGAGGGUUUGUUAACAGACCCCACUGAGAAAAGGAUGCAGCGCCAUGCUGAUGCCAUAUUCACUGACAACUACCGGAAAUUCCUGGGGCAGAUUUCUGCCCGCAAAUUCUUACAGACCAUCAUUGGCAAGCGGCUCAGAAACAGUGAGAGCAGCCUGGGAGAAAGGGUGCACGAGCUCCUGACAAGGCGCCAGUCGGACAGCAUCCUGAUGGACAGCCGCUACCACCAGCAGAUGGUACUGAGGGACUUCCUGGGAGCCGUGCUGCAGCAUCAAAGGCCUCAGGAUGUGAACAGCAGUCGGUUAGAAGGGUUUCCCAGCAGCCUGGCUAAGUUCAUGUAAAUAUCUUUCCCUUUUCCGUCUCCCCAGGCUCUGAAUGAUUCAGAGCUCGUGGAUCUAACUGUACAGAAAGCCACGCACAGCAAUGAAGACAUUCCUGGAGGUGACCGGCUGGAGACUGAUGCACACGCUCUUCAAAUCUGCUGAAAGGAAUGCAGUUCUGAUGCACUACUUCAUGUACUUCAGUCUUUACUAUUUAAUGCCCCUCUCUAAACAUUGGCUUGUGUACUGAAUCAGGAAAAAAAAAAACAAACCAAAAAAAACCCAAACCUCUGUGGUUUAACCUCAGGCUGCUUUAUAUAUAAAGGCUAAAACAACCAGCACGCUUGUAAUCCUGGAGACAUUAGUUACUAAUUAAGGUUUUCAAAUCAUGAAGCAUAGCAGAAUUUCUGCCAAAUCAUCACUCUGAGGGCCCAAUUAACAUACACGAGGCCACCAAAAAGCACCUUUGGGCAAUUCAGUGAAUGGAUUACAGCCUCCUCUAAUCAGAUGCUGACGGCACAACCACCCGCAGUUCAGCACAGGGUGAGGUCAGACGUGAAUCCACACGUUUGCCACUCAUCCCAAACACUGCUGGGGGCUGACUCCUUGAUGGAGCCCUGGCAGCAAAACUGAACUUGAAACAGCUCGUUAGAAGAGAUCGUUAAAGGAGAUCCCUGUGCAUCAGAUUGGGCUGACACUGUGCUUUAAUUCAGCGUGCCAUGCAGUGGCUCAGGUCUCCACCAUAGCUACAGGGUUACAGCAGUAAACGUUUGCACUACCACUUAACAAGUUAUUAGGACAGUCAUCUCUCACACAGCGACUUCCUUCCCUGUCACCCAAAUUCUCCUGUUUGUGUAGUAUUUACGUCUUCAGAAAUGUAAAUAAUGCCAGGAUGGGGUCUGCUCCCCCAUCAUGAGCAGGAAAUAAAAGUUGUUCCAAAUAAACCUGUUCAACAGCAGGUCAAGAUG